ACACUCAUCCCUGCUUCCAAUUUUUGGUCCCAAAGUCGUAAUCUGGGCGCAAGCCCUGUUGUUUCACUACCAUGUCCAUGGCUUCUCAGCUCCACUUGUUGGCUCCCAUUUCCAUUUUUCUUUUCAUUCUUAUGUUCUCCUCAGGAAGCUUUGCUCAAUAUCCACCUUCACCUGGAUACUUCCCUGGCUCUAAAAUUCCUUCUCUGAGCUUUGAUCAAGGCUUUAGAAACCUCUGGGGUCCUCAGCAUCAGACAGUAGACCAAAGCUCAUUAAUAAUUUGGCUUGACCAAUACUCAGGUAGUGGGUUCAAGUCACUUCAUCCAUAUCGAUCAGGCUACUUUGGUGCUGCCGUUAAGCUCCAACCUGGUUAUACUGCGGGAGUCAUUACAUGUUUCUAUCUCUCAAAUAAUGAAGACCAUCCAGGAAACCAUGAUGAAAUUGAUAUAGAGUUCCUGGGAACAACCCCUGAUAAGCCCUAUACUCUGCAGACAAAUGUCUAUAUGAAAGGAAGUGGUGAUGGAAAUAUAACUGGAAGGGAAAUAAAGUUUCACCUAUGGUUUGAUCCAACACAAGAUUACCAUGACUACUCUAUUCUUUGGAACCCAAGUGAGAUCAUAUUCUUUGUUGAUGAUGUCCCAAUUAGGAGGUAUCCAAGGAAGAGUGAUGCUACGUUCCCUUUAAGGCCAAUGUGGGUAUAUGGAUCCAUAUGGGAUGCAUCAUCAUGGGCCACUGAAAAUGGAAAAUACAAAGCUGAUUAUAGCUACCAACCCUUUGUUGGUAGGUACAGAAAUUUCAAACUAGGAGGCUGCAUGGCUGAUGGACCUGAAUCGUGCAGCCCGCCCUCCACCUCGCCUUCUCCCUCCGGUGGCCUCAGCCAGCAACAAGUAAGCGCAAUGGAGUGGGUCCAGAGGAACUACUUGGUGUAUGACUAUUGCCAUGACCCUCAAAGGGACCACACUCUAAUACCUGAGUGUUAAAACGUAAAACAUUAUAAAGCAAAUUAACUAAGAGGGGGUAUCUUGAGAUGGGUCCAACUUGCCAAGAGAAGCAGCAAGAGUAUUGGAGCAUCCAAAGCACCCAUGAUUUGAAGGGCCAUGGUUUGUUGUUUCUGUUAUUGAUGGAAUAAAAAAUUGGUUGUGAAAAUAGGGAAAGUAGUGCAUAGGAUUAUUGACUGUGUUCACAUGAGGCAGAGGAGAUGGGCCUUUGUGUUGAAAUUGAACCAUGAAUGCUUGUCUUUACCUAUUUCAACUGUUAAUGGAAAUACAUAGAUGGGUUUGCU